AUGGAUCUUUCUCGGCAGGAGUAUCCAGCGUUGCUGGCCUCUUUACAACCCGGCCAGGCGGCUACUGUACUUGCUGAUCGUGUUCGCGUCAUCAACAAGGUCAAUGCGGAUAUCGCAGAUUGGCUGCAGGAGCGCCGCCGUAUCGAAGAAGCAUAUGCGCAAGGAUUGCGGAAACUCGCACAUCGGCCUCAAUUGGACAAUGCGGCCGCCUUGGGAAUCUUCCAGUUACCAUGGCAGCGCAUCGUGAACUCGGUUGAAACGGUGGCUACCUCGCAUGAAACUCUCGCAAAGAAAAUAGAUGAGGACGUCGAACGCCCGCUGAGAGAAUACAAUACCAAGAACAAGGAACUCGCUGCGAUGCCUGCGGUCCAAAGUGACCUUACCAACCUGGCAAAGAAUCUGGAAGCCUCGCAGAAGAAGGUUGACAAGGCUAAAGAAAAGGGUCCAAAGGGCGCAGACAGAUUAUCCACAGCUGUAGCUGCUGCCCAGGAGGCGAAUCAGCAAUGGGAGUCGAGAGCGCCGUACGUUUUCGAGCAGCUCCAGGCGGCAGAUGAAAGUCGACUGAACCACCUGCGGGAUGUUUUGACCCAACUGGAAACUCACGAGUCGGAUUCGAUUGAGCGUUGUCGCCAGGCCGCAGAAAGCUGCCUGAAUGUUCUCCUCAAUGUGGAGACGGCUGAUGAGAUCAAAACGUUUGCCGCAAAGAUCAAUGGAGGACGACCAGUUGCGCCGCUUCGGCAACAGACAUCAUCGCCUGCCCUAGAGCCACCUCUUCCACCUCCACCGCGCAUUCAUGAUGAUGCUGCUAGCCAGCGCUCAGAAAGUUCCGGCCGCAUUAGACCACCACCUCCUGUACCUGAAUCCCGACACGGCACGGCUUUUGGUGGCCUGAGACGGCUGGGCACGGUGAUGAACAGGCGAAAGAGCGUUGCUCUCCCUUCUGGGGGCCCAUCGGAAAAGAAAUACCGCAGUCCCUUCUCCUUCAAGAGGGCUGAUUCUCGUGACAUGCAGAUACCAGAGGACGCACGAACAGAGCGUCCAGGAACCGCACUUACCUCACAAGACAACUAUACCGAAUCCACCCGAGUCCAAAGUGAGUCCAAUGAGCGGGAGAGCCAUGAUCGCGUGUCAGCUAGUCCAGUACCUCCUCAAUCACCGCCUGGUGCUGUGAACGGACUCGGGUCCGGAUUCACUUCUCAAGAGAGCCCAGCUGGAGCGGGCACUAAUGAACCACGAGUGGAUUCGGAAGGGUUCUCGGAACGGCCGCAAAUAAUCGACGAAAUUACACUAGCUCAGCGCGAGGCAGCCGGACAAGAAGAAUCUGGGCUGAACCUGACAAUUCGGGACCAGCCGAUUCCCGAGGAUGAAAACCAGGCCAAACAGGCACUGGACGAUAUGGCCAAUCAACUAAGACUGCAAGCCCAGCAGAGCGGCAUCAGACGGAAUGCAGGCACCAUCCGUGGUCGACGCGAUGUUCGUAAUACGGUGUUUAUUCCGACUACGCCCACGCAGGGCAAUACUACCGUUCCUGGUCUAGCCAUGGCUCAGAACGGCUCCGAGCCUGCUUCUCCGAUCUCACCAUCAACGAAACAUGCUGCCUCUCCUAGCAAUGCUACAGAGGACCACACCUUGUCGGACACGACUUCAAUUCGUUCAUCACAUACUCUACAUAGCAUUUCCGGCCCUGUUUCGCACCCGGAAUUGCACGAACCGGGUCUGAAUGCAUCUAUUAUAGAAACCGUCAACGCUUGGUUCUCAGAAGGAGCAGUCACGAAAUCCUUUGUUGUGGGCGAGCUCGCACUGGCCUUCAAUGGAACGCCCGAGGUCUCAACGGCGGAGAAAGUCCGAGUGCGUCUUGACAACUUUCAGGUUCUGGAAAAAGUGGCCGCAAACCCACACUUUACUCGCGAAAUAAAAGACCAGGACCAGUCUGACGACAAAACGGGCGAAUACGAUAUCGUCCUCUCCAAUCUCAUACGGCCUGUUCCAACUGUGGCUUUCAAAUACCAGGUACACAUUAACCCGGAAGAUACCUCGGCCUUUUGUCCCGUCAUCUUCAAGCCAGCCUGGAAUAUCGAAGAGUUUCAAGCUAGUGUUAUCAUAUUUUACUCCUUGAACCCUGCAUUCGCAUCGUCUGCGUCAAAGGACUCGAUAACUUUGACGAAUCUGGUUCUCACUGUCAACUUGGACACUUCUCCCCAGGAAGAUAGAGAGGUGGUGCACGCUACUAGUGCUGUCAUGUACCCCAACACUGGAGCGGUUUUCCGGCGCAAGCAAUCAGCAGUCAUCUGGAAGAUCCCAGAGUUCGAGGUGACCAGCGGAUCGGACGGAAAAUUACUUGUUCGUUUCUCAACAGCCAAUAGCUGGCCACAGAAGGGCAAGGUCGAAGCAAAAUUCGAGGUUCGUUCUGCAGAGGCUGGAUCUCGACUUGGGAUAAGUGCUGCUUCCCGACAGGGCGAGGCGGUCCGAACAGGAAUCGAUCCUUUUGCCGAUGAAAGUGGCCCAGCUCAAUGGAAGGAGGUCCCGACAAUACGCAAGCUGGCUGCUGGGAAGUACAUAUCUUCCUAA